AUGAGCAUCGUGCCAGACGAGCUGGUGCAGCUGCGGAUCUUACAGCGCCAGUAUCUCCAGCUGGUAGAGCCAUACCAUCUGAGAUGGCUCGACGCGCGGGUCCUGACGAGGCCCGAAGUGCAGGCAUGGAUUUUCCUGCGCAUGUUUGACGCGAGCAGCAUUAAGUCGCCGCCGCCAGAACGUUACCAGCUCAGAGUGUUGAAGCUUCUCAUCGCCAAGCUAGAACGGUCGAUUGUCGAUCCCGAGGAGGAUGAGAUUUCAGAUGACCUCAUGUCUGCAAUGUCAACGUUACUCACCUCCAACGUACCCUCCGAGGCCGACUCCGCUCAACAAAAAGCUUUCGUGACAUACUCGUAUCCACUCCACUCAGCUGACGACAGCGCCUCGGAAGAGCGGGCAGUCACGCUCCUCGAAGCUCGAUCUGUCAUCUCAGGGUCCGGCACCACUGGACUCCGGACUUGGGAAGCGGCAUUACUAUUGGGCUCGUACCUGAGCAGCGAACAUGGCCGAGGGAUGAUCAAAGGGAAGAGGGUGUUUGAACUCGGCGCAGGUACCGGCAUUAUCUCCAUCCUGUGUGCAAAGCACCUCGGAGCAGCUGGCGUUGUUGCCACUGAUGGCGAUGAAGCUGUCGUUGAUACCAUUAAAACCAACUUGUUUCUCAACGGCCUCGAUGUAGACAACUCCCACGGAUGUCAAGUUCGAACAGCUGCGCUCAAAUGGGGUUGGCCCGUCAAUGCAACGGCAUUCUCUGAGGACUAUGGAAUGGAAGUGCCGAAUGUCCUCCUCGGUGCAGACGUCACCUAUGACAAGACCGUCAUUCCACGCCUAGUGUCUACGAUGAAUGAAUUUGUCGACUUGAAUCCAGCUCUCGAGGUUCUCAUAUCGGCAACGAUUCGCAAUGAGGCUACGUUCGAGACUUUUCUGAACGCGUGUAGGCGGAAUGGUUUCAAGUUUGAGCAGCUCGGCUUUCCGCCAAUACCAGAGCCUGAACAGGCAGGACCCUUCUACCCAACGUCCACCCCGAUCCAAAUCUGGCGCGUCACCAAACCGCAGACAGCUCAUAAGGACCCAUUUUUUGUCUGA